ACAAACAUCUUUUAAGGAAAAAAAGUUGGGCUAUUGCUUUUAUCUGAGCGCUCCCACCGCUUCAAUCGCAUCAUCACGUGGCUUUCCCUAGCAACGAAAUAUGUCAUCAAUUCUGCAGAGACAAAAGUGCUGGAUGUGACUUCGGAACGAAGACUUUAGCUUUGUAUUAGGGAACCGGCACGUUCAACUCUCACCUUUUUACGUUUGCUUGCCAGCUUGUGGUCUGUUAGCAUUUAGGAGACAGAAAUAUUGACCCGAUUAGUUAAAUGAAUUAUAGGUAACAAGCAACGUGACUAAAUCAUGAGUUACCUAAAUUCAGGUCUGCUUUCAACCUACAACAGUCUCACAGACAAACACCUGGCUGGAUAUUUUAAUAACACAAGAAUAAGAAGACAUCUGCAGAGAGUUGGACUGAUUACAAGAAGUGGGAAGAUUGUUCCUGACAAAGAAUAUAGACUGAAGCUGGUCCGUAGGGAUCACCAGAGACACGUGAGAGAAUGUCUGGCCCAGGCAAUCUUCCACAAGGUGCUGGACAUGGAGCGCCACCACCAGAUAGAAAUCAAAAGAAAGUUGGAAGAUUUUGCGCGGAGGGAGCGGGUACAUAAAAUCAAGGUGGAACGCUCCAAAAGAUAUGAUGAAGAUGUUAUCCCUUUAAUAUCUCCUAAGCCACCGUCUGGUCCUAGGAAUGGCCGCAGACAGCCGUCUGGGCCAGAGGGAGAACAUUCGGAGUCCUCUGAAUCUCCUGGUUCCUCCAGGCCUAACACAGCUCCAGGGAAAAUGCAGCGACCUCAUCGGCUCCAGCCCAUCAACAGAAACACCGCCUCUGUUCGGCAGACUUCCCCUGGAAGCAGGCUCAGAGACUCUUCAGAUGACACGGAACAGCAGUUCACCCUCACGGAGAAAGACCUGAGGCCUGUGACAGUGACUGAGUUUUCGCAUGGAUUAUCUCCGUACCAGCUCCCCAUUAUCAACAACUACAUCACUCCUGUUCCUCCAUCGACCAAGAGGACUUUAAAAGGCACUCAAAAUGGAACGAUGAGGGGCAGGAGGCUGCGGCCCACUACAGCCCCCAGUGCUACCGCAAUUGAACAGCAGGACUCAAAACUCUACAAGACCUCAGUGCACAGUAAUGUAUCAGUGACCAUGGUGUACUAUGGGAAGACGGUCCACCUGUCCCACGAUGACAUUGACAUGAGGGAUGAAGUGAAGGUCUUUCAGCAACACUGUGGAGGAGAGAAUGUAUGCGUGUACAAAGGGAGGCUGAUGGAGGGAGAGGCCUUCCUGUUUGUCUCCAGGCGUCAUCGUGGCUUCCCCUUCAGCCUCACCUUCUUCCUGAAUGGCUUGCAGGUGGACCGACUGAGCUCUUGUUGUGAGUUCAAGCACCGUAAGGGAUCCCGAUUAGGUGGGAAACAUGGUCACUUUGGAUUCUCCAGUGUGGGUGGCGCUUCUCCCUGUUACAAAUGCAUCAUAUCGAUGGGACUAGAUAAGAAGCCCACCCCCCCAAAAAGAACCAAGGAGGAAAUGGGGAAAGGGUGCUUCCUGGGUAAUUCUCAAGAGAUGGCUGAGGAGGCCAAAGUGGUUGAUGAAGAAGAAAUUAAACAAGAUAGUCAGUCUCGUUUACAAUCAGAACUCGGAAAGGAGCAGGUUGAGGAUGACUCCAUGGAAACAGAAGCUAAGGACAUUGACCAGGACAAAGCCAAAGAUGACUAUGAUGAGGACUUUGAAGCUGAUGAUGAGAGGGCAGAUGAAGACAUGGAGGAGGGCAAAGCCUCAGCUGUGGCUCCUGACUCAUCCAGUGAGAAAAGGGAUUCCCCAAUCAAUGACAAAGAGGAUGGAGAAAUAUUUAAUCAUCAGAUGGAGGAUGAAGAGAAGUAUUCUGACAGCGAGUUGGAAGAGGAUGACAAGGCUGAAGAUAUGAAAUCACCGUCGUGCUCAUUUAGAAGUCCUUCCUCGAGGAGCAGGGAAGAUUCUUACAGCGAGGCAGACGAGGAGAACGAAGCCGUGAAAAAUGAAAAAGUGCGCUCAGAGACUGAGAUGGGACCGCUUGAGGAGCAGCCCCAGGUAGAGGGUGCGGAAAGAGCCUUUGCGCCUGCAGCCGAAAAAGAUCAAGAGGGCCCAGAAGAGCACGCAGAAGAAUUGGACAACCGCAAGGAUGAGACCAGCUCUCCGGCACCCCCCCAAACAAAGACAACGAACGGAGACCCUGAGGCGCAUGAAGGCCACGGAGACAGCCCCGACACAGCUGGUACGGAGCCGUUGAACAACAGCAUGCACCUACGGGAAGGAAAAGAGGUGGGAAAAUCUGGUGCUGCAGUAGAUAGUGGGGACAAUGCAGCCGGGCCAGACGACUGUUUGGGAGACACAGAGCCAGAGAGAGCCAAGUCUGUGCAGGAGAAGCUAGUUGAAGCGAUUAUGAAAGAGGCGCACAGUGGUUCAGAACCAGAACUCAGCGAUACCAGCACCGAAGAGGAGGAUUUGCCCCCUGAAAUCAAAACUAUGGAGCAGAAAAUCACUGGUGAGCAAGAAGAGGAGGCGGGUGUCUCUCCGCUGCAGAAACCAGGAACGAAGGAAAAAAAGUUAGAGGACACUGAAAACAGAAAUGAACAGAGAGACACAGAAAGUAAAGACGACAUGAACGAGAUGAGAAAAUCAGAAUCCAGAGAGGCCCAGGCACUAGAAUCAGUGGAUUGUGCCCAGAUGCAGGAAGUGAGAAAUCCAGAGGAACACACUACUGAAACAAAGACACCUGAAGCUGAAGAGACCGGAUCAGAAGUACAGGAUAUUAGAGGAACAGACAGCAGUAAUGUGGCAAAAGAAGUAGAUGAGACUAUGGCUGACAUCAAGAAGUAUGAAGAAGCAACAGAUGAUCCAGAAAAUGAAAUAAAGGAAGAAAUGGAGGAUUCUGAAGCACAAGCAGAAGAGACUGAAGCACAGGCAGAAGGGACUGAGGCAAAGGCAGAAGAGACUGAGGCACCGGUCAAGGAGACUGGGGCAGAAGAGACUAAAGCACAGGAAGCGGAGACUGUAGCAGAAGAGACUGAGGCACAGGAAAAAGAGACUGUGGCGGAAGAGACUAAAGCACAGGAAAAAGAGACUGUGGCAGAAGAGGCUGAGGCACAGGAAGAAGAGACUGGGGCAGAAGAGGCUGAGGCACAGGAAAAAGAGACUGGGGCAGAAGAGGCUGAGGCACAGGAAAAAGUGCCUGGGGCAGAAGAGGCUGAGGCACAGGAAAAAGAGACUGUGGCAGAAGAGGCUGAGGCACAGGAAAAAGAGACUGGGGCAGAAGAGGCUGAGGCACAGGAAAAAGAGACUGGGGCAGAAGACACUGAGGCACAGGAAGAAGAGACUGUGGCAGAAGAGGCUGAGGCACAGGAAAAAGAGACUGGGACAGAAGACACUGAGGCACAGGAAAAAGAGACUGGGGCAGAAGAGGCUAAGGCACAGGAAAAAGAGACUGGGGCAGAAGAGACUGAAGCACAGGCAGAAGGGACUGAGGCACAGGAAAAAGAGACUGGGACAGAAGAGACUGAAGCACAGGCAGAAGGGACUGAGCUAUUGGAAGAAGUGACUGACUCAAAAACAGAAGGCACGGAAACACAUACAGAAGGGACUGAGGCACUAGAAAAAGAGACUGGGGCAGAAGAGGCUGAGGCACAGGAAAAAGAGACUGGGGCAGAAGACACUGAGGCACAGGAAAAAGAGACUGGGGCAGAAGAGGCUGAGGCACAGGAAAAAGAGACUGGGGCAGAAGACACUGAGGCACAGGAAAAAGAGACUGGGGCAGAAGAGGCUGAGGCACAGGAAAAAGAGACUGGGGCAGAAGACACUGAGGCACAGGAAAAAGAGACUGUGGCAGAAGACACUGAGGCACAGGAAAAAGAGACUGGGGCAGAAGACACUGAGGCACAGGAAAAAGAGACUGGGGCAGAAGACACUGAGGCACAGGCAGAAGAGACUGAAGCACAGGCAGAAGAGACUGAGGCACAGGAAAAAGAGACUGGGACAGAAGAGACUGAAGCACAGGCAGAAGGGACUGAGCUAUUGGAAGAAGUGACUGACUCAAAAACAGAAGGCACCGAAACACAUACAGAAGGGACUGAGGCACUAGAAAAAGAGACUGGGGCAGAAGAGACUGAAAGACAGACAGAAAUGACAGAAGCACAGGCUGAAGUGACACAAUCACAGGCUGAAGUGACACAAACACAGGUUGAAGUGACAGAAACACAGACAGAAGUGACAGAAACACAGGCAGAAGGGACAGAAGUGACAGAAACACAGGCAGAAGGGACAGAAGCACAGGCAGAAGUGAGAGAAACACAGGCUGAAGUGACACAAACACAGGCAGAAGGGACAGAAGCACAGGCAGAAGUGACAGAAACACAGGCUGAAGAAACAGAGACAGAAGUGACAGAAACACAGGCAGAAGUGACAGAAACACAGGCAGAAGGGACAGAAGCACAGGCAGAAGUGAGAGAAACACAGACUGAAGUGACACAAACACAGGCAGAAGUGACAGAAGCACAGGCAGAAAUGACAGAAACACAGGCAGAAGGGACAGAAGCACAUACAGAAGUGACAGAAACACAGGCUGAAGUGACACAAACACAGGCAGAAGGGACAGAAGCACAGGCAGAAGUGACAGAAACACAGGCUGAAGAAACAGAGACAGAAGUGACAGAAACACAGGCUGAAGUGACACAAACACAGGCAGAAGUGACAGAAACACAGGCUGAAGGGGCAGAAGCACAGUCUGAAGUGACAGAAACACAGGCAGAAGUGAUAGAAACACAGGCUGAGGUGACAGAAACACAGGCAGAAGUGGCAGAAACGCAGGCAGAAGUGACAGAAACACAGGCUGAAAUGACAGAAACACAGGCAGAAGUGGCAGAAGUGACCGAAACACAGACAGAAGUGACUGAGGCAGAAGAGUGUGAAGCACACGCAGAAGUAACUGAGGAACAGUCAGAAGACAUGGAUGCUCGGGUAAAUAACACAGGAGAGGGAGAAAAUUCUACAACUAAAACUCCUGACACGACUACUAAGGAUGAUCCAGAUGGACAGGAUAAAAGACAGGAUAAACUGGAGACACAGAAAGACAGGUGGUCUGAAAAGGUGGAGGAUGAACUCAUAGAAAAAAAUGAUAAAACUCCAGGCAAAAAUGCAGCUGUGGCAAAGGUUGUGACUGAAAACACAGUAAAGGCUAAAGAAGCAGAAGAAGAGAAUGGACAGGGAGAGAAAGGAGAAGAUCAAGGCGACAUGGCUGAGGCUGACAGGAAGGAAUUCACUCAUGAUAAGACUGGGGGAAAUGAAGAUAAUAGUGUGGCCAACAAUAAAGUACAGAAAGAUGACAUAGAAAGAAAGCAGGAAGAAACUGAGAAGACUGAAGUCACAGAUAAAAAUUGUGAAAUGGAGGCAACCAGCAAAGAUACCGAGUUGAAAGAGAAAAAUGAAACAGAACAUGAGAAUAAAGAUGAAGCCAAUAGAGAGGAUAAAGAAAUAGAUGUAAAUGAGGAAGAGGUGGAGGAGUGUCUGCAGACAGGAAAAAAGUCAGCAGUGGGAGAAGACAAGGUUGAAGCAGCAAGCGAAGAGGUUAUGGAAAACCUUAACAAAGGAGAUAGGGAACCAAAGAGUUUUGAGACAGGUUCCAAAGUAGAUGUUAAUGAGGCGACAGCAGAAGAUGUAGAUUCCAAAGCUGAAGAGACAGUCAGUGUGUUUGAGGAAGUACAAUCUUUAACCGAAGAGAAAGGUAGUGAAUCUAACUCACCACAAUUAGAUAUAAAGGCAUUUACUGGAAUAAAAACCAUGACUGCGGCAGAGGAGUUAGGUGAUAAGAUCGGGAACAGUGUUACUGAGGAGGGGGAUGGCGAAAAGGGGGACGAUGACCAUCAAGACAAGGUAUCGGAACAAACGCUUCCAGGAGAGAGAAAGUUGGAGGAAAGGGCAAAUGAGCAACAAGAUGCAUCAAAACAAGAAGAGUCUGAUGUAUCAGUGAAUGAAGAGAAAGAUACUGAAAUUACAAUACAAAAGCUAGAGGACAGUGUAGAGGAGGUCAAGGGUGAUGACAGAGUAAAAGAUAAGUUUGAAAAUGAUACAAAAGAACCUGGAGCUCCAGGUAUGCUGGCUUUAGAAAAUACAGAGAUUGGAUCAAAUAUUAUGGCGAAAGAAUUCACCAGGGUUCAGAAAUCAAUAGCAAGUAAUUCUGACUGUAACACAGACACAAACAGCGUUAAAAGCAAUGUUACUGAGAGGAAAAAAGUAGAAAGUGUGGCCGAGAUGGAGCGCAGUAAAGAUGAUGGAAAAGAAAAAGAGGACUCGGAAGGCCGUUUUGAUGGUACAGAGGAAAGAACGGCGACAAGCGAUGCUGCUGGUGAUAAGGUUGUGGACAUAUCUGCUGAUAGAGGUGACACCAAUGUUGGAGAUGACCUUCAAGAGAAUGAAGAUGAAGCUAAUGAAAUAAAUCAGGAGAUUGCUGCAGGGGAAGUGGCUUUUGGAGAAGUAGCUCAAGUUGAUGCAGCACUGGAAUCAAAGGAACUUCAACCAGAAGAAAAAGUUAUGGAUCUUGAACAUGUGCCUCAUAUGGAAACUGGAGCCAGUGAGGAAGAGAUGACGAAUGUAGCUGAGGAAGAUGAGGUGCUCGGUCCAGAAACUAUGAUGAAAGAGGAUGAAGGAGAUCUUGUCGCCAGCUGGGUGAACAAACAUCAAGCGUCAAGAUGUUUUCAGACAUUCAUUGAACCGCUAGAUGACCUAAAGGACUUUUCUAGCGAUGAAGUCAGGGAAUCGGAGACAGCACAUACAAAAGAACUGUCUAAAUCCGAAUGUACUGAAAAGAGCUCGGACACAACUGAAAAACAAAACUGAAACUGACGUUUCUUUCUUGGGAUACAGGAUCCACAAUCCAAAGAAAGAAUUUAUUCUUAGAAUGAGAACUUCAAAGAAGGGUUCUUGGGAGAAAGGCUCACAUCCGAAUCUAACACUCACCUAGAAAAUAUAGAGGAAAAAAGGGAUCAAAAGAAGGCCAUCGUUGAACAACAGAAUAUAAAUGAAUGUAUUCCAAAGAGCAGUGUCUCAGAGGGUGAACUGCCGGAGCAGAAGGAGUAGGAACACAAACAGCACCGGAGAAGGCAAAGACACAGGGCUUAGAAAUGUCAAUAUCUCAUUCCAAACCGGAGAAUUAUAUACAGUACAUUCAAGAGAAUGUGGGGACACUGAAGAAAAUGCAGAGAUGAAUGAGGUACAGGGUCCAGUAAUAGACCUGACUAACAGUACUGAAUUCAAAAGAAUGGGAGGCACUGAGGGGUCCACCAAACUGACUGUUACCAAGGAGAGCUUAAGCAUGCAGUUAUUCCCAGUGGAAGAUCCUGGAUUGUCAACUCUUAAUUGCACAGACACAGGAUAAUUUCAAGGAGAGAAUAGCUGUAGUUUCAAAUCAAAUUAAAUGUUUUGGCACAAGGAAAAGGAAGACAUUUAGUCAAUAUAUGUAAUUCCCUCUAUAAGCAUUAUAAAGAAUUAUAUGGGAAUGUUGUCCUUUUGGAAAAAUAAAAUCAACCACUGUAAAGCCA